CGCAGUUAAGAAGAUUUGGAAAUGUCAAGAAGCCAGUUUUAUAUUAAUGAGCACUGUCUUUGCUUAAUUUAUUCGACGCUAUGACUUCGAUAGUACGUGCCUUGCAACAGGAUGUAUUCAAUUUGGGCGAGGAGCGCCUUAUAAUUCACUGUCAUGUUAGCAAGUAUCUUAAAAAGAAAAAGACCUCUUUUCUGUGUCUGAUCAGCACUACAAGUGUACCCUUCAAUGUAUCAAUAGUCCAAGUAAAACAAACAGAAAAACAGUCUUAUAAAAGAAAACGCAGCUGGUCAUUAGUUGAAUUAAAAUCAGUAGAUGGCCAUAAUGAGCAAUAUGAUACUCAGGAAUUUGAUUUAUACUUUGACAAAGUGUAUAGAUGGGUUUCUACUAAUCCUAAGGAAAGAUGCAAUUUUAUAAGGUGCCUCUGGAAGCAAUCAUCAAAACAUAUAAUGAAGGAUAUGCCAGUUUUUAAAAAUUUACCAAAAGCUUGGAUUACAGAAGACACAUUAACGCCUGAAAGUAAUUUCAUUAUGUCACCAAUGAUGACUCUAGACACUGAUUUUGUUGAAGAUUUCCAAGCAAUUACUGAUAAGGAACAAGAUGAUUUAAAACGUUUGAUGCAGGGCUGUGAAUUUGCUAUAAGCAAUGCUGAAGGAUUCAUGGAAAUUUUAAAUAGAGACUUAUCAUUAUUAGACAGCGAAAAUGUUCAGUGUUUAUUAGCUUCUGAGGAACAGUUGGAAACAUUGAUGGAGCAACUUGAUUUGGCAAUCAAUGAAGCUGAUCGUUUGGAAAAACAAUUGGACAGUUAUGAAGAAAUUCUGUGUCAUGUUAGGGACACUAUGGAAAAAAUGGAGAAGAAAAAUACAGUCAUCUCCACUGUAAAUCGAAACAACUUGUUGUUGAUGGCUGAACUAGAAAAUGUUAUAGUCACUUUGGAUUUGCCACUAGAGUAUCAAAAAAUUCUUGAUGAUGCAGACUUUACCAGUAGAGAAGGUUUGUUAAUGGCUAUUAAAGCUGCUGAUGCUUUAAAGACAGCAAUGAAUUCAAAUAUUGUUAAGGCCCUUUUACAGAUGACUGCCGUCCAAGAACAGAGGAAAAAAUUUGAAAAAUAUAAAGAAAAAUUCUCAAGGACCCUAAGCCGUCAACUGAAUAAUUUAUUUAUUCAUUAUGGUAACCAUAAAGGUGAGUCAGAUAAAACCAUUGAAGGUUUAAUUUUACCCCAGCAUAAUGGAGUACAUAAAGAGUUAUACUCAUAUACCGAAUUAAUGCACUGGCUGAAGGUAAUGGACAAAAAGAUUUAUGAUUCACUGAAAGAGGUUUAUAUGACAAGUCUAGGGAAGCUGUAUGAUAGGGAUUUAAGGGGCCUUUUCAAUUCGGCAAGAGAAAAAAUCGGGGGUUAUAAUUUAACAACUCCCACAUCAUUACUGGGUCUAGAUAGGGAUUUUUGGACUUUAGAAAUAAGCACUACUGAUCGUAAACGAUAUGAGAAUGUUUUAGAACAAGUGUUAACUCAAUUGGAGCCAGUCUUUCUUCAAGAACAGCAAUUUUGUGUCAAAUUCUUUCAACUAGACGUUCUAAGUCCCACAUCAAAAAAUACACUUACAACUUUAGAUGGUAUUGAAAUACAACCUCCUGAACUCAUUCCACCAAGAAAAGUAGAAAAACAGAUAGAUGAGGAUGUUAAAAAUAUGAUGAGCAGUUUAUUUUCAUGUCUUAAGAUGGAACUUGACCUACUCAUAGAACACAUCAAAAGGCAGGACAGUUUCUAUUGCAUGUAUGUUUUAGUUCGACUCAAUCAACAUGUAAUGUCGGCCCAAAGUUCUUUUUUGAGUAAUACUUUCGCGUCAGAACUGAUUGAAGUAAAAAGAUCUCUAGAUCAGUUUGCGCAAAUGCAAAUUGAGUCCAUCAAAGAGUGUAGAAUGGCUCGGAAAACAAAGUGCGGCAUACUGCCUUAUGUAUUAAAUUUGGAAGUAUUUGCAGCGAAUGCUGAAUGUCUUCUUAGGAGUGACAGAGCAGCUGACUUGGAAAAGUGGAGUGCAAGCUAGAGUAGCAAGUGGCGU